AUGCAGAUCCUGAGCUUUGCACUCAUCUUGUCCUGCUGUGUUUGGGCAGCUGUUGCUCACAACCAGGACAGAAAAGACGCCGCUGAAGCAGGAAGGAGUAAAAGCGUCUGGGAAGAACCCAUCCAGUUUAAUACAAAAAACAAGGACAGAUGCUCCAUGAGGGUGACUGGACAUGGGGAGCUGACCAGGUUGCGUAUCUCCUGCGUGGGCCAGGAAGCGUCUUACUGGUGCGAGUAUGAGGGCAAGCCGGACAUCUGCCGCAACUAUAACACCAACCCUCGCCACUUCUUCACACAGAUCAUGUGGGAGCUGCGCAAGUUGAAAAAUGCUUGCCAGGGCUCACGAAACCUCAAGCCUACCAUGUGCAAGAAAGCAUCAGAUGAAUCCCAGAUGGUCUUCACCACUGAGAAACUAAACAAUGAAAGGCAAAAGCCAACUAAACAAAAGCCUGCAAAACCUCAACCAACAAGACCUCCACCUUCCAGACCGGCAAAGGCCAAAACAGAACAACCAGGGACCAAAGCAAAAACAAUAAAGAAGGUUUUGACACCAAAGGCAGCUACACAACCACUGAAUACAACCACUCCUUCACCCGCGAGGUCUGCUGAGAACCUGGCACAGCAGUACUGCUGGCACAGCAUGCAGGACUUCUGCACCGAAGUCAUCAGCUGGUUCACAAAAUAG